CUUUUACCAACAAACUGAUCAUCUAACCGUCCGAAAGAUUGCAUUGAAAGCGAAAUAAGAACCACAUAAGAGUAGUCUGAUUUUCAGUAGUGAGUGUGCUUUAGAAGCUUCGUAAGGAAGUGUCUAGAAAAUUCUUGAAUCGUGUCUUGAAUUGGAUGGAACAGUUUUAUUUUACUGUCUCAUCACCAUAGAAGUUUAUUCCGAGCCCGUAAAAGGAUCUAAUUCAGCACAGUUGAGCAGCAACGUUUAAGUCAUGCCUGCCCUAAUAAACUGCUACAACCGGGGAUGUGGACAAAAGUUUGAUCCUAGUGAUAAUACGGCAGAUACUUGCAUUCACCACCCAGGUGUUCCGUUUUUUCACGAUGCCUACAAGGGUUGGUCCUGUUGUAACAAAAAGAGCGUAGAUUUCACCGAAUUCCUCAAUAUCAAAGGCUGCACACAGGGCAAACACUCGAACGAAAAACCCCCCGAACCGGAAAAGUCCUCCGACAAGGACGUAGUCUACGAUGAGCCUCCACCGCAGAAGAUUCCAGAACCAAUCAGAACAACUUUGCAACGGCCUCCCUGGGAAAGCCCUCUUAUCACGAUGGUGCCAAUCGUAGCACCGGCUUUUAAAAAUCAAAUUGAUAAUCUUCCUGUAGGUCCUGCUGUGGUUAAAAAAAUAUCCGACCCGACGGAGAUACAACCCGGAACGGCGUGCAAACACGGCGGUUGCACUUACUCGUUCGAGGGAACCAAAAACGACGAAAAGCCAUGUGUGUUUCAUCCGGGAGUGCCAAUCUUCCACGAGGGUCUUAAGUUUUGGUCCUGCUGCCAAAAGCGAACGUCAGAUUUUACGGCCUUCAUGAAUCAGGUGGGUUGCGAAACCGGUAACCACAAAUGGACCAGUGACGAGGAGGAAUCCAAAGCGGUCAAGUGUCGAAUGGAUUGGCACCAGACGGCAACGCAGGUCGUGGUCACGGUCUAUGCCAAAAUGUAUCACUACCAGCAAAGUGUCGUCCGGUUGAACCCGAUCCGACUGUCCAUGUGUUUGGUGUUUCCGCAGCAGAACAAUCACGAAUACAAUGUCGAUCUGGAAUUGCGAGGCGUGGUGGAUGUGGCACAAUCAAAAGUACACAUGUUCGGGACCAAGGUGGAAGUGACAUUAAUCAAAGCCGAACCUGGUACCUGGGCAAAGUUGGAUUUUCCGCGGGAGAAGAAGCCCACUGCCGAGGAGGUUGAACGACAGUUGCAGGAACAGCAGAAGGCAGCCGCCAGUCAGGAUGAUUCCGAUGAAUCCGAUGUGGAUCUGGAUAGUAUCGAGCCGAGUUUCAGUAGAGCUAGCCUCAAGGAGGUCAAGUAGGCAGGCGAUAGGGGCUCUUUCUACUGGCAGAGCUUAUUUUCUGGUAGUCAUCGGUUCGGCUUUACGUCUCAAAGGCACCCAACCGCAAAUAAAGCGCGUGUACUGUAAUAUCUCA